AUGACUUCCGAGACAAAUGGCGAGGCUCCGUGUCUCGAGCGUCUUCAUCGAGAAGCCUGUACCUGUUUGGACACCUUCCCGAAUAAAAUCAUCCAACUGAACGACUUUGUCCAAGAGUACAUGCCGGACUCCGUGAGAAACAGCAAGUACAAUGACAACAACGUUGGACGCAAAGCCAAGUGUCAAUCCACGCUUUCGACGACCAAGAACUGGGAUAUAAACAGCGUCUCCGAUUAUGGCGUUUCUAGUUACUACUCUCUGUCGAUGUGUGAUCGUAGUCGAUCGAGACACGGAAUUUGCAAGAGAAAAUACUAUCGAUCGCGUGGCAUAAUUGGAUGCGACGUACGUCGAAGGCCCGGACCCCUCGGACAACUUUUAGCAUUUAUAGUGAGCAGCCUGGCCACGUGCACGAAGAAAAUCGUCGUCGUCCCGUCCCAGUACAUUGUCGACAAUAUAAUUUCAACGUUUUUUCAACGGCGCAAGCUGAAAAACGCACAAUGCGGUCCUUCGACAAAUUGGAACAGCUCUCUCUCGACUUACGUGACCACGCUCAAGAAGGACACCACGAUCAUUGGAAAUCUUAUCGAUAUCAUGAGACCCGCAACAGUGAAACUCAUCACCGAUACCACCACGCUGAAACGCUGGCUGCAGGCCGUCGCUCUGACAACCACAACGCCGUCCAUCGAGCUGGGAAACGCAACUCGCAACAUCGAGACUAUCGACUGUUGGGCUUACGAGUUGUUCUUUCAUCUUAAGUACCUCCAAGUGAAUCGCGCACAACGGACCACCGACAAAGUAAUAGCCGAAGCUGGCUCCAAGCCUGCCGACAUGAUUCACAUAAACUUGUGGCAUCGUUUGGUUCAACUUCGCGACAACUAUAUCAUAUUGUACGAGACGUUGGAGAACUUCGACAAAAUCCGCGACGUCGAGCCCGAGAAACCUCAGGAACAAUCGUUCGACCAUCGCAAUUGA